CUUGACCCCGGAGAUCACUUCCGUUUAGGGGUCUGGAAUACCUGAGUUCCUUCUACGGCGAACGACAGGAAAGGUACUUCCGGUGUCUGUUGCCAAGGCGCCGGCCCGGUGGGCCGUAGCUACUUUAUUGGCGCGGUCCUCUUCCCCUUUCCCCGGGGGUCAAGAUGUCUGGGCUCAGUCAGUCAGAAAUGGAAGGCUGUCGUAAUCUGCUCGGCCUACUGGACAACGACGAGAUCAUGGCCCUGUGCGACACCGUCACCAACCGCCUGGUGCAUCCUGAGGACCGCCAAGAUGCUAUUCGAGCAAUAUUAGUGUACAGUCAAAGUGUAGAAGAACUUCUGAGGCGUAGAAAAGUCCACCGAGAAGCCAUAUUUAAGUACUUGGCAACUCAGGAGAUUGUUGUAUCUCCAGCUACUGAGAAACACAAUCUUAUUCAGCAUGCAAAAGAUUACUGGGACAAGCGAUCAGAGCUGGAACUGAAAAAAAUGCCAGAGCCAAUUACAAAGAAGGAGGACAUCCAACUCUUUCAACAGCAGGCAAAAGAAGAUAAAAAAGCUGAAAAAGUUGAUUUUCAUCGCCUAGGAGAAGAAUUUUGUCACUGGUUCUUUGAACUUCUCAAUUCACAGAAUCCUUUAAUGGGACCACCUCAGGAUGAAUGGGGGCCACAGCACUUCUGGCAUGAUGUCAAGCUUAGGUUUUAUUACAACACAUCAGAACAAAAUGUGAUAGACUACCAUGGAGCAGAAAUUGUGAGCCUUCGCUUGUUGUCACUAGUAAAAGAAGAAUUUCUUUUUCUUAACCCCAACUUAGAUUCUCGUGGACUGAAAUGUGCUUCUUCUCCCCAUGGAUUAGUUAUGAUUGGAGUUGCAGGAACAGUCCACCGAGGGGACACUUGUUUAGGCAUUUUUGAACAAAUCUUUGGACUUAUCCGCUGUCCUUUUGUGGAAAAUACUUGGAAGAUCAAAUUUAUCAACCUGAGAAUCAUUGGAGGAAAUUCCCUUGCUCCUGGAACAGUACUGAAACCUGCUGUUACAUUUGAACAGAGUGAUCUAGAGGCUUUUUAUAAUGUAAUCACUUUGUGUGAUAACACUGAAGUAAGACUUAAUGUAAAGCAGACAUUGGACAGUGGGACUGGAGACCAGGCUUUAUGUAGUGGAAAUGAGGCAUUGUUAAACAAAAGAGAACCCAGUUUACCUAACCCUCUGAAGCACUGACACUGUGUAUCAUCAUAAAAAAUCUUUAUACAGAAACUCUUCCAAAUACGUCAGUAAUUUCUAAGUGAUUUCAGAUGUGAGGAUUGACAUUUUAAUUGAAAUACCUUUCUUUACUACACAAUUACAUAUUAAGUGAAUAUUUGCCUAUUUCUACCUGAGUUGUAGUAAAAGUUCUGAGAACUUACUGCAGUUCAUCGAUAAAUCCCACUUUAGAUGUAGUUAACUGUGUCUCUUAGAAACCAAGUAAUAUGUUCAUUAUACUAUUCUACCACUGUGGGAAAGGAUUAGUAGUGUUCAAGGCUUCCUUAAAUUAUUCAUUUACUAUUCUCUAAAUCCAGAUAUUGGAUAUUUUACAAAUGCAUCUCCCUUAUUCUUUUUUAAAAACUUAAAUGUUGUAGAUAUUUAAUGUAAACUCAGGGUUCUCAUUUUAGAAAACUCAAAUGACAUUCAUGCAAAAAUCUAGUAAUUUAUUUAGUAGGGGAAGAAAAAUUUACUGCCUCUUUAUAGAACAUUUCUCAAAGUUGCUGCUCUUGUCAAAGCUAAAUAGCUCUCAUAAUCUACAUGUUUUAUAUUAUUUUGGGCAACAAUAACUGUUAUUCUUAAAAUAGACCUUAUUCCUACCUAGGCUUAAUUUAACAGCUUUAUUGAGCAUUUAUUAUAACAACAUAAAGGAAAUAUGCUGUUGAAAUUUUAAAGGGAUACCCAGUUCUAAAUUUUAAGUGAAUUAUUGCUGUUACUCUUGAUUGAUCUUGUCAGACAUGACUCCUCCCCCCAAAAACCCCAUGAAUUUAUAACAUGGGUAUACAUAUACAUGUUUCUACAUACACCACACAUCGUAAUCUUGUUAAGAAUUAUCUCUAAUUUGUGUUACUAGGUCUGAGUCUCAAAGUUGGGUUGCUGAUUUAAUAACACAUGCUUUAAAAUUUAAAUGACAAAUUAUCCAGCAACUUUGUUGAACCUGAAUUUAGUUAAGGAAUUUGAAUUUAUAAAGGUGCCACUUGGGAAUAAAAUUCAACUGGAAAGUACAGUGAUGUAUAUGUUAAGUUUUAACAUAUGUCAUGAUCCUCUAGGGAGACAUACAAAUAUUGGAAGCAGGAGAAAAACACUCAUCUUUUUUGUAUAUUUAAUGACAUUCCUCUUAGGAGGGAUUGGUAUGUCUGAAAAUAAGAACUUUAAUAAAGGAAGGAAAUCCCUUUUGUCUGUGUAAGAAUAGUAUAUUGUUUAGAUUUAAUUUACAAUUGUUCUUAAAAGUUUUAGGCAUUUCACAAAAACAAAGCAAAUUUUACUGCUUCUAGUUACACUAUUAGUAUAAUUAGAUAUAAAAAGUAAUUGCCCAUUAUAAUUUGAUAAAAACAGGCAGAUCAAAAGUCAGUCUUUGUGCCCACAGUUCUGCUUGGUUUGAAAUCAGUUUUAUUUUUUAGAUUUGAAGUACCACUGAAAAAUAUCCUUAAUAAAGGAUAAAAUUAAAAA